CUCUCCAUAGCUUCCCUAUUUGUGUAUCCCCGAGAACAUCAGGAGCGACUCAUAUCGCUCCAAGUUCAACGAUGACACCACCACACGACACCACAGCAAGAAAGCUCAAUUAUGUCCAUACUCGCCUCGUAGGAGGGGGACAUAUCAAUCCACUGUGCUAUGCGAAACACUUUAAGUCGGAUCUGGGGGAGACCGCGAUGAAAGCCGAUUUCGCCGAGAUAGUGCGUGAAUACAUCGACGACCGCCUGCCGCUCCUUCGCGGCAAGACAUACACGAAGAGUCGCGAAAAACUGGAGGCGGCGCGCAAUUACGCCUAUGCGAGCGAUGGGGCGUGGAAGGCAUGGUGGGUCAAAAGAACCUCGAGAUUACAACUCGAAGAACAAGCCGGCCGACGCCACGUUGCGAUGGGCGAGCUGACGACGCAAAGGGAAGAAGAAGAGGCUGGUCUUCGCAAACGUAAGCGCGGGGAGUCGCCCGAGCCUGACCAACUCUCAUGCGACGACGACGAUGUCGACGAAUGCACCGAAGAUUCCGCAACAGUUUCCGAGGAGGCUACCGAAACCCCAGCGCUGAACUUUCCCAGCGUCCUGGGAACAGAAAAGUUGGUGCAGCGCAUCAAAGAGCUUCAUCAAGCGAACGUGUCGCUGGUGGCGGGCGGCACUUUGAUCUGGUGUGUUCUGGUGUGCGUUAGAUUCUGCUGACAAGAAAAGCUAUACCCUCUUGAGCAAGAUCGUCAGGGAUAAGGCAAAGCGCCUGACAGAAGACGCGCUCGGCGAUGAAAUGGCGGGCGCCGCGCUCGACGAGCGGAAAUCUCCCCUUUUGCGUACACAAGUUAUGGUCGCAGCUAUUUCGAUUUGCUGGAGGGGCCAUACUUCAACGUUUUCUCGGAGCCAUACGAUGCGACAUUUCCGACCUUCUGUACCCUCCAGUGGUUGCACGGCAACCGCAUCCACCGGUUGGAAUCGCCCUGGUAAUGACCGAGAUCGAAUCCAUGAG